AUGUUCUCGCUGCCCAUGGGCAGCAAAGCUUUCUCUCCUCCACCCAGCGGGAAGGAAUCAAACGGCUGGGAGGAGCUUCCUUCCCAUAGCAACGGUGGUCUCAUCGCUCCAUCAUCCUUGGCCAUGCUGGCUGGGGAUACGGGGAGCCACAGUCCAACACUGCCGGAGGAGGAGGAGGAGAGCCCCGGGGGAGCCCAAGAGCCCCUUUCCAGCGGCAGUCAGCAGAACUGCAGCGAAACUGCUCUGAAGACUUUUCUGCCCAAAAGUCACCUGGCUCAGGUGAUUAUCCGGGACAAUGUUAGUGUCCAGCGGGUCCAGGAUGUGAAGGUAAGGCACAUUGAAGAAAGCAAAAGAAAGGUUGAGAAUCUGUUUGACCAGAUGAAAAAGAGAUUUAUCCACGACCAGCAGAAAAAGACGUUCCGGUGGAAGAAGGAAUACAGCCAUUACCAGAGGAUGUUGGAAGAGAUCGACAAGCAGAACCUGACGCGACAACUCGGGUCAUCUUUGAAGUUGCUGGAGUCUCAGAAAUCCUCUAUGACAGGCAGAUUUCCUAAGCCCGACCGAGUCAGAUAACUG